UGACCUCCUAGGACUGGCCCUGGAGCAGAGCGAGGUGGCGCCCGACCUCCAGGCUUUCCAGGACGGGGACCAGGAGCUCUGGAGAGAGCCCGAAGGCCCGUACUCCCAGGGGACGGAGCCCCCUCCCAGGGAACCCUGGGAGGCCCAGCCAGGGCCCCCGCCGCCUCCCAGAGGCCCGAGGGAUGGCGGCCCCCAGGACAGAGCCUUGGGUGCGGCCCCGGAGCCCGCCCUGAGCAGCUCCUUCCCCGCCGACAUGGACGUGACCAUCCUGUACAAAGGGCGGCCCGUCAGGCAGGUGGUUGUGGCCCGGAGCCGCUGCCUCUUCGUGGCCGGCAGCCCCGACCCCGUGCCGGGGGCCUCCCAGGACCCCCAGCUCGUGGCCUUCCCCAGCCCGGCAGCCCUGAAGCUGGCUGACCGCAAGCAGGCGCGCUACACGGAGCAGCUGCUGCAGCAUAUGGGGCCCGGCCUGCGGCUGGAGCUCUGGAGCCAGAGGCUCUGGGCCACGAGGAUGGGCAAAUGCAAAGUGUACUGGGAGCUGGGCAGCCCCCCGGCCUCCUCGGGGCCUCCCCCCCCACCCCGCCUGCUCCCCCGGAACGAAGCCACGGCCAUCUUCGACUUCUCCGUCUUCUGCCAGGAGCUGGCGGAGUACAGGGAGCAGAGGCGGCGCACGUCCCCCGACUACACCAUCUACCUGGGCUUCGGGCAGACCCUGUCCGGGCGGCCCAUGGACAAGAAUCUCAUCUUGGUGAAGCUGGUCCCCCGGAUCUGUCAGCUGUGCCACGAGGCCGUCCAGCGGCAGGAGGGCGUCUCGUCCCUGGACAGCGGCGGCCUCAGCCUGCAGGUGUCCAACAGUCUCGGCCUCUACGAAGUCCUCGAGAACUUCCUUAUGGAGAUGGAGUACCCGGCCUAGACCCGCGGGGCCCGGAGCCCGGCGGCCCGUCCAGCCCAGCCCUCCUCCCUCCUCCGAGCGGCUUAAAUAAAGACGGUGGCUGCC